AUGGUCGUCGUAGUAGAAAAUAUGCAAAAUUCUUCUUUAAAUGAUUUGGCAAAUUCAUUUCUAAAUUCACUUGAACGUAAUAAAAUUUUUCCUCCUUUCUAUAAUCGUCCAGAAGAAUUGAUCAAUCCUUCGAAAGCCAAAACUUCAGGAAUACCAAGGCCACCAAAUGGUUUUCUAUUAUGUAGGAAGAAUGUACAUCAACAGGCAAAAAAACAUAAUAUAUUUAACAUGAGAGUAAUUAGUAAAGUUACUGGAAUAUUAUGGAGAGGUGCUUCCCCUGAUGAAAAAGAACAAUAUGAAAAAUUGGCAAUCCAAGUUCAAAAUUUACAUUCUCAACGACAUCCCGGUUAUAAAUAUAAACCUUCGCGGUCAUAA